UCUACGACAAAAAAAUGUAUCGUAAAUUAACUAGUAAUGUCACCUAUUGCCUAAUAGAAGAACAACAGAUUUUGUUACUAAUGUAAGCAUUACAUUUAACGCUAUGUGGUAAUAAAGUUUACGAAACUUAAAAAGUUAAAUCGUUUAAAAUAUUACUGCCACCUACACUUCGGUUAAAAACUCCAAAAUUUCUUGAAGCUACACUGUUGAACAUUUAAAAUAACACUGUUUUAUAUUUUGACAUAUUAGCUAUUAAGAAAUUUUUUUUAUAAUUUUGUAAAAAUCAAAUCCAAGAAAAUGAGUAAACGGGUAAAUUUGUCAAAAAAACAAAAAAUUAAUUUGCUAAACGAUUUUAAAGACAAUUCUUUAAAACGAAAACAAUUAAGUAUUAAAUACAAAGUGGAUGUGUCAACAGUUUCUAAAAUAAUAAAAAGUGAGGAAAAAAUUCGAGAUCUGGCUCUGUCAACAAAUUUGAAAUCUAAACGGCAAAGAAAAGGGGAGCAUCCCAAUGUUGAAAAGGCUCUUGCUAUUUGGUUCAACGAUAUGCGUAGCCAAAAUGCUGUUAUAACAAGUUUAAUGAUCAUGAAUAAAGCCAAAGAAUUUGCCAUUCAAUUGGAUGAAGUGUUUGAACCAGAUUCUAGUUGGUUAUUUCGGUGGCGAAAACGCUCAUAUAUAAAAUUUGGCAAGAUUCAUGGAGAAUCGAAUGAAAAUGAUAAUUUGGCAGCUGCAGAUUUCCAAUCUCUUUUACCUGGCAUAUUAAAGGAAUAUUCACCUGAUUGCAUUUUUUAAUGCCGAUGAAAGUGGUCUUUAUUAUAAAGCCUUACCCAACACUACAUAUUUUAAAAAAGGAGACCAGGCAAAAGAUUGGAAAUCACAAAAGUCUCGGCUAACACUUUUAUUUGUUUGCAAUUCAAUUGGCUCCUAUAAACAAGUGUUUUGUAUUGGUAAUCCGAAAAAGCCAAGAUGUUUUAAAAAUAAAAAUAUACCGAUAACAUAUUUUUCGAACAAAAACAGUUGGAUGACAACUGUCAUCUGGAAUGAGAUACUUUUCAUGAUAGACCAAGAAAUGGUAGCAAAUAACAAAAAAAUCAUAUUAUUUAUUGAUAACGCGGCAUAUCAUAAAAUAACUACACAACUGGUGAACAUAAAAAUCCAUUUCCUACCUGCAAAUACCACUGCCCUAAUACAGCCAUUAGACCAAGGUAUUAUACAUGCCUUUAAAUAUCAAUAUAGGCAAAUUAUUGUUAAAAAGCAAUUAUGUGCGAUAGAAAAGGGUUUAACUGUUGCCGAGUAUCUUAAAAUAAUUACAAUAUAUGACGCCUUAAUUUUUAUAAAACGGGGAUGGUGGUUAAUUACGCCAGAGACAAUUGCCAAUUGUUUUAAAAAGGUAUGUUGUAUAUGUACAUACAUAUAUGCAUUUUUUUAAAUAUUUUUCAUGAUAAAUUAAUUUUUUUGUAGGCUGGUUUUAUAUAACAAAUGAAGCAACUAUCGAACAUUAUGAAUGUGGUGAUGAUGUUACCGAAAUCGAAAAUCUUUCUCCGGAAUAUUUACAUUGUGAUGAUAACUUAAUUUGCCAUGGAGCUAUAACCGAUGAAGAAAUUUUAGACUCAAUAAUCGCAGAAAAAAAUGCAAUAGAAACUGAUUUAGAUCCAAAUGAUGAAGUUUUUGUUGAAGAAAAACGAUUUUCUAUUAAAUAAAUUUUAAAUGCUGUAGAUAUUUUGCGACAUUUUUGCUUAGAGCAAGAUAUAGAUUCAAAGUUUUUAUUCGAAAAAAUAGAAGAUACAUCUGUAACCAACAUCCUCAAGCUGAAACAGGCUAAAAUUACUGAUUUUUUUAAAUAAUAUAAGC